AAAAGCAGUAUUACAUCCAAAGCCAAUGACAUUAACCGGAAGUUCCAAAAAUUUCUGCAAAAGAUAAUUAUUUCGCAAGAACUGCGAUUUAUUUUGUUAUAGAACUGUAAAUCAUUGUCAUUGUUUGGCAGAACAACAAGCAAGUCAAAAUGGAACACAAUGCAUUAUUGGAUCCAGAGUUCCGAGAGCAGUCGGGUCCGAUGGAGAAGUUGACACACAUUGAACUGACAGAUAUCCAGUGUCAGGAUGCUAAACCAAGAUCAUUUGACGUCAAUGCCUCAAGUAUUAUCAUUCAGUCUGAGGAUGUGGAGACAUCAUACGGGAAUAUUCAUGUAGCUAUCCAGGGAGACAGAUCCAAACCAGCGAUAUUUACCUUCCAUGAUAUUGGACUUAACCAUAUCACAUGUUUCCAAGGUUUCUUUAGUUACCCAGACAUGGUGCAAAUUAUGAAACAUUUCUGUGUGUAUCACCUUAAUGCCCCAGGCAUGGAGGAGGGAGCCAUGAACCUUAAACCAGAUUCUGAUGCACUUGGUAAUCCCGAGUCUUUAGGGAAAAGAAAGUCCUCUAGGAGAAAGAAGUUUGUUUAUCCAUCAAUGGAUGAGUUGGCAGAGGCAGUACACACUAUAGCAGACCACUUUGGAGUGAAAAGAUUCAUUGGGUUUGGUGUUGGAUCAGGAGCAAAUAUCCUUGCCAGAUUUGCUAUGAAACAUCAAUCACGUGUCGACUCUCUAGUCCUGGUGAAUGCAACGUCAACAAAACCAGGCUGGAUUGAAUGGGGAUACCAAAAAAUGAAUUCCUGGUACUUAUGGAGUGGACAGAUGACCAAUUUCACAGAGGAAUAUCUCCUUUGGCACUGGUUUGGAAAGAAAACAAGAUGGGACAACCAUGAUCUUGUGAUGGUGUACAAGGACUAUGUGAAAUCUAUAAAUCCACAGAAUCUCUCACUCUUCAUUGAAUCUUAUUUAAAGAGAACAGAUCUGGACAUGGUGAGAGAGUUAGAUAUGAUGAAGAAAGGCACAGUUAGAACUAUCAAAUGUCGCGCAAUGAUGUUGGUAGGAGAUGAUUCUCCACAUAUAGAUGAUGUUGUUGACAUGAAUGGACGUAUGGACCCAGAAGAAACAGAUUUCCUUAAGAUCAGUGACUGUGGUGGCAUGCCUUUGGAAGAGCAACCGGGCAAAGUGUGUGAGGCUUUCAGACUUUUCCUUCAAGGCAUGGGUUACAUUCCAACAAUGAGAGCUUCACAGACUAACAGCAAAACAAGCACAACUUCCAGCACAAGUGUUCUCAGCCAUUCUGAACUUGCUUCACAGCCAGUUUGCUGAUAAUAACCAGUUAUACUCUUUGCUUUGUAAAAAGCCUAUCACAACAGAGGUUUUAAAAAGGAUAUUAUAUGUUCAGCCAAUCAGAUCUACUCUAAUUGAUUAAACAAAGAAAUGCAAAGUGGACUGGAUGAAGACUGUUUCUUGUUGUUGUUACUGUUAUUGUUACUAUGGUUACACUUGUCAUUGUAAUAUAUAUGUUUAUUGAGAAAGCUUUAUUCUCACAGUUUUUGUUCAGCAAGCUUAUUUUUCUGUGCAUGCUGUAAACACAUAUAUCGGACAACUUACAUAGAUCAUUGGAUGACAAUAUGGGGACAUGAAAAGAAAGAAAAAAUGAAACUAUAUCAGUGAUACUGAUUUAUUCUACAAAUUAUCAGUGAGAAAAGUUAACAGUUGAUUACUGCAUUAUAUAAAUAUUUAAGUUUAUAGAAGACUCAGUGAUAGGCAAUGAUAUAAUAUUGCUGUGUGUAGACUAAGAAUGCAUGGAUGGAAGGGAACAGAUGGUAUGAAUAGUUUUGAAAAUAUGAAAACUGCUUCCACACUGUAAAAUAAUUACUUUGUUUUGAAUCUCCUGUCUGUACUAGUGCUGUAAAAUAUUUAAGAGUUCUUUUGUUUAUUCUACAAGAAUUAAAAUCUGUUCAUAGUGGCAAAUGUUGAUACAUUUAAUUCAGGUUAAACUUAGAAAACAGUCCAUUUGCUUCUUUGUGGUUGUGAUGUGAAAUUUACGUUCUGUCAAGAUAAUCUGCUCUGUGUUCAGUAUAAUUGUUUCACUUGACUCUGGAAUAUACUUAAGUAUGUUAAGCUGUGAAAAUAGUAAAAUGAACUGCAUGUGCCAAUAUUUUUCUUUCCAAUUUAAAACCCUGCCAGUAGUUUGCUAGUGUACUUGGCAAUGCAGUAUUGUGCCAGCAGCUCUGUAUUUUAAAAUGCUUUUUUUUUAUCAGCGACAGAAAUUGUACAUUUACAUUAUUUUUGUACAUACCUCAUUGUUUUCUUGAACUGUUUUGUGUUUUUAUUAUAUGGCUUGAUUUGUAAAUAUAUAAAUUGUUCACAAGCUUCUUUUGUAUUGUUUCUGUUACCUACUUGCCUACAUUUCUGUUACAUACUUGUGUAUACCUUUGCAUGCUCUUUAUCAGUAAGUGGUGUUUUUUAUGCCCCCGAAGGGAGGCAUAUAGUUUUUUAACCGUCUGUCAGUCUGUCGGUCUGUCCGCAAUUUUCGUGUCCGGUCCAUAUCUUUGUCAUCGAUGGAUGGAUUUUCAAAUAACUUGGCAUGAAUGUGUACCACAGUAAGACGACGUGCAGUGCGCAAGACCCAGGUCCGUAGCUCAAAGGUCAAGGUCACACUUAGACGUUAAAGGAUAGUGCAUUGAUGGGCGUGUCCGGUCCAUGUCUUUGUCAUCGAUGGAUGGAUUUUCAAAUAACUUGGCAUGAAUGUGUACCACAGUAAGCCGACGUGCAAUGCGCAAGACCCAGGUCCGUAGCUCAAAGGUCAAGGUCACACUUAGACGUUAAAGGAUAGUGCAUUGAUGGGCGUGUCCGGUCCAUAUCUUUGUCAUCGAUGGAUGGAUUUUCAAAUUACUUGGCAUGAAUGUGUACCACAGUAAGACAACGUGCAGUGCGCAAGACCCAGGUCCGUAGCUCAAAGGUCAAGGUCACACUAAGACGUUAAAGGAUAGUGCAUUGAUGGGCGUGUCCGGUCCAUAUCUUUGUCAUCGAUGGAUGGAUUUUCAAAUAACUUGGCAUGAAUGUGUACCACAGUAAGACGACGUGCAGUGCGCAAGACCCAGGUCCGUAGCUCAAAGGUCAAGGUCACACUUAGACGUUAAAGAUCAUUUUUCAUGAUAGUGCAUUGAUGGGCAUGUCUGGUCCUUAUCUUUGUCAUUCAUGCAUGGAUUUUAAAAUAACUAUGCAUGAAUGUGUGAUACAGUAAGACGAUGUGUCGCGUGCAAGACCCAGCUCCGUAGGUCAAAGGUCCUAAACUCUAACAUUGGCCAUAACUAUUCAUUCAAAGUGCCAUCGGGGGCAUGUGUCAUCCUACGGAGACAGCUCUUGUUUUACAACCAUCAUUUAGCUUUUUUGCUUAUUCAACCUUAUGCCUCCUAAAUUUGUUGUUUUUUUGUUCACCAGAAUCAAAGUUCCACAGGAUAGCUAUUGUUCUCCCAUCAUCUGUCUGUCUGUUUGUCUUGCAUACAUCAUGUCCAGAGCAUAACUUUAAAACAGUUUAAUUGUCGACUUCAAACUUAGAAUAUGUGUAAAUGAAUGAGACAAUUUGCAGAGGACAAAAAACCAGGUAAGUAUGUCAAAGGUUAAGGUUACAAAUUGAGCUCAAAGGUCAAAUCUGACAUCUUAUUUUGUGUUUGGAAUAUAACCUGUAAGAUAUAUUCAAGGAUUUUGACUUGAAACCUGAAAUACAGAAAUAUGGUGAUGAGGCAAUGUGCAUAGUUCAACAGCCCACAUUCUCUCCGUACCCCAGAGAAACCCUCUAUGAAAAAAAUGGGUUUCUUAAAAGCUGCUGCACAAAACCCCACAUGCCACUACAUGAACCUCCCAAACAUACAGGCACACAAGACUUAAAAAUAAUUACUUCCUUUGAUCGAAAAUGGGGGUGUAUAUUGUGGAUUUUUGUUAGCUCACCUGUCACAUAGUGACAGGGUGAGCUUUUGUGAUCGCCCUUCUUCCGUCGUCCUUCCACAAUUUCUUGUCUGCACGAUAGUGGUUUCAUUUAUGAUUUUAUUUUAACCAAACUUGCACACAACUUGUAUCCCCAUAAGAUCUUGGUUCCUUUAUUGAACUGGCCAGAUCCCAUUAUGGGUUCCAGAGUUAUGGCCCCUGAAAGGGCCAAAAUUAGCUAUUUUGACCUUGUCUGCACAAUAACAGCUUCAUUUAUGAUUUGAUUUUUACUAAACUUGCACACAACUUGUAUCACCAUAAGAUCUUGGUUCCUUUCUUGAACUGGCCAAAUUCCAUUAUGGGUUCCAGAGUUAUGGCCCCUGAAAGGGCCAAAAUUAGCUAUUUUGACCUUGUCUGCACAAUAGCAGCUUCAUUUAUGAUCUGAUUUUAACCAAACUUGCACACAACUUAUAUCACCGCAAGAUCUUGGUUCCUUUCUUGAACUGGCCAGAUUCCAUUAUGGGUUCCAGAGUUAUGGCCCCUGAUAGGGCCAGAAUUAGCUAUUUUGACCUUGUCUGCACAAUAACAGCUUCAUUUAUGAUCUGAAUUUAAUCAAACUUGAACAAAACUUAUGUCACCAUAAGAUCUCGGGUCCUUUUUUGAACCGGCCAGAUCCCUUAAUGGGUUUCAGAGUUAUGGCCCCUGAAAGGGCCAAAAAUAGCUAUUUUGACCUUGUCUGCACAAUAGCAGCUUCAUUUAUGAUUUUAUUUUAUCCAAACUUGCACAAAACUUGUGUCACCAUAAGAUCUUGGUUCCUUUCUUGAACCGGCUAGAUCCCAUAAUUUGGGUUAGAGUUAUGGCCCCUGAAAGGGCCAGAAUUAGCUAUUUUGACCUUGUUUGCACAAUAGCAGCUUCAUUUAUGAUUUGAUUUUAACCAAACUUGCACACAAAUUGUAUCACCAUAAGAUCUCGAUUCCUUUUUAUAUGCCUGAAGGGAUGUAUAAUGUUAUCGCCUCGGUGUCCGUCUGUCUGUUGGUCAGCAAUCCAUUCUGCUCUGUAACUCCUGAAUCCCUUGAAGGAUUCCGAAGAAACCUGUCACAAAUGUUCACCUCAUCGAAACGAUGUGCAGAGCGCAUGUUUUGGAUGGGCUCACUUCAAGGUCAAGGUCACGCUUAGGGGGUCAAAGGUCAUAUGACUUUGUUUUGUGUGUAUAUUGCUCUGCAUUUGCGUUGCAUUGCAGUGCUCUUGUUUUUAUUAGCUCACCUGUCACAAAGUGACAAGGUGAGCUUUUGUGAUCGCGCAGUGUCCGUCGUUCGUCCGUAAACUUUUGCUUGUGACCACUCUAGAGGUCACAUUUUUCAUGGGAUCUUUAUGAAAGUUGGUCAGAAUGUUCAUCUAGAUGAUAUCUAGGUCAAGUUCGAAACUGGGUCACGCGCCGUCAAAAACUAGGUCAGUAGGUCUAAAAAUAGAAAAACAUUGUGACCUCUCUAGAGGCCAUAUAUUUCAAAAGAUCUUCAUGAAAAUUGGUCAGAAUGUUCAUCUUGAUAAUAUCUAGGUCAAGUUCGAAACUGGGUCACGUGCCAUCAAAAACUAGGUCAGUAGGUCUAAAAGUAGAAAAACCUUGUGACCUCUCUAGAGGCCACAUAUUUCACAAGAUCUUCAUGAAAAUUGGUCAGAACGUUCACCUUGAUGAUAUCUAGGUCAAGUUCGAAACUGGGUCACGUGCCUUCAAAAACUAGGUCAGUAGGUCAAAUAAUAGAAAAACCUUGUGACCUCUCUAAAGGCCAAAUUUUUCAUGGGAUCUGUAUGAAAGUUGGUCUGAAUGUUCAUCUUGAUGAUAUCUAGGUCAGGUUCGAAACUGGGUCACGUGCGGUCAAAAACUAGGUCAGUAGGUCUAAAAAUAGAAAAACCUUGUGACCUCUCUAGAGGCCAUAUAUUUCAUGAGAUCUUCAUGAAAAUUACUUAGAAUGUUCAUCUUGAUGAUAUCUAGGUCAAGUUCGAAAGUAGGUCACAUGCCUUCAAAAAUUAGGUCAGUAGGUCAAAUAAUAGAAAAACCUUGUGACCUCUCUUAGAGGCCAUAUUUUUCAUCGGAUCUGUAUGAAAGUUGGUCUGAAUGUUCAUCUUGAUGAUAUCUAGGUCAAGUUCGAAAGUGGGUCACUUGCCAUCAAAAACUAGGUCAGUAGGUCAAAUAAUAGAAAAACCUUGUGACCUCUCUAAAGGCCAUAUUUUAAUGGGAUCUUUAUGAAAGUUGGUCUGAAUGUUUAUCUUGAUGAUAUCUAGGUCAAGUUCGAAACAGGGUCAUGUACGGUCAAAAACUAGGUCAGUAGGUCUAAAAAUAGAAAAACCUUGUGACCUCUCUAGAGGCCAUACUUGUGAAUGGAUCUCCAUAAAAAUUUGUCAGAAUGUUCACCUUGAUGAUAUCUAGGUCAAGUUUGAAACUGGGUCACGUGCCUUAAAAAAGUAGGUCAGUAGGUCAAAUAAUAAAAAAAACUUUGUGACCUCUCUGCAGGCCAUACUUUUCAUGGAAUCUGUAUGAAAGUUGGUCUGAAUGUUCAUCUUGAUGAUAUCUAGGUCAAGUUUGAAACUGGGUCAACUGCGGUCAAAAACUAGGUCAGUAGGUCUAAAAUUAGAAAAAAAAUUGACCUCUCUAGAGGCCAUAUUUUUCAAUGGAUUUUCAUGAAAAUUGAUCUGAAUGUUCACCUUCAUGAUAUCUAGGUCAGUUUCGAAACUGGGUCACGUGCGGUCAAAAACUAGGCCUGUAGGUAUAAAAAUAGAAAAACCUUGUGACCUCUCUAGAGGCCAUAUUUUAAAUGAGAUCUUCAUGAAAAUUAGUGAGAAUGUUCACCUUGAUGAUAUCUAGAUAAAGUUUAAAACAGGGUCAUGUACCUUCGAAAACUAGGUCAAUAGGUCAAAUAAUAGAAAACCUUGUGACCUCUCUAGAGACCAUAUUUUUCAAUGGAUCUUCAUGAAAAUUGGUCAGAAUUUUUAUCUUGAUAAUAUCUAGGUCAAGUUCAAAACUGGGUUACAUGAGCUCAAAAACUAGGUCACUAUGUCAAAUAAUAGAAAAAACGACGUCAUACUCAAAACUGGGUCAUGUGGGAAGAGGUGAGCGAUUCAGGACCAUCAUGGUCCUCUUGUUUGGCAGAUCCUUCUUUUGUUCACUUACAAUAAUUUUUUUGAAUUACUUCCCUUUUAUGUUACUAUAAAUAGCUUUAGUAACUUUUUUAUUAUUAGCUGUAGGGAAAAACCGAGACCACUUUUCUGUGGUACAACAUGGAUGGUACCUCCAAUUUUUAGGUGUUUUUUGACUUAUCUGUACCUUUAAGAAAAUUUCAACUAUAUUUUCUCAUGAUUCUUUUGAUUGAUCUUGAUUAUGAUUUUUUGACCUUCUUGUCCUUAAGUGCAAUGAUAACAGGUGAGCGAUAUAGGGCCAUUAUGGCUCUCUUGUUUUAAACUGUUGUUGAUUUUCAUAAAAUGUGUUGUUAAACAACUCUUGACUCUUGGUUCAUUUUGCCUCUGGCCGAGGAGAUUUAAAGAUUUAACAGUCUCCUUUCAAGUUUGUUGAAAUUUGAUCCUUUUGGACAAUUUGAAUAAGUUUGGUUUUACUUGAGUUGCCUCCUUUACAGUGUAAUAAGAUAUUUUACAUGUAACAUAAGCUAAUGCUCAUGUAAGUAAGGUCUAGGGCAAAAAGCUUCUACAUUUAGCAUCCAGCAUGCUAUAAGCAAAGUUCCUCAGAUGCUAAACUUUGGGCAUACUAUGCAAAGAGUUACAGGCUGGAAAGUUUAUGGUUAGAUUUUUGUCAUGGUAAAAAAAUUGUAAAAAAAAAACAACAUGAAAAUGUUGCAGAGUUUCGUACCUUAUGUAUAGCAUUGCCUUGCUGCUUUCUCCCAAGUAAGGCAACUUGGGCCAGUUCAGGCCUCAUAUUUAUUAUACUAGCAAUAGAAAAUGAACAGAGAAUAAUCUAUGCAUAGCAGAUGUUUUGUUUAUGCUUAAAACUGUGAUAAAAACUAUAUUGCUGUGUAGUUGUAAAGACAGUUAUUGUUGUGAAGUUUAUUAUCUGAAUGCACUGUGUUGUAACUGAAUUACUCCCUUUCUGUCCUGUAUUACUCAGAUGUUAUUUAACCUUAGGUUUGCUCUUUUUAAUGCAGCACAUAACAUUUAUAAAACUGAAAACUGUAAGUUUAUUUUCAAGCCUACUCCAUGCUUUUAUUAAUGAAAUAACAUGUUCAUGUAAACAUGAUUUGGUGAAGAUGGCUUCAUUUUUUGGUGUGUCAUAAGCUUUUGGGGUUAUUUAUUGCCAGUGAAUAUAAAAUAUGUGUGAAUUUUAUGUAGCUACUGAAAAGAUUAUUUCCUUUGUUAUACAUUCCUUAUCAUUUACAUGUUCCAUGUUAUGAAUAAUGUAUAUAUUUUGUUCAGAUUUUAAUAUUUUGUAUUAUGUUGUGUAUUUUUAUACAGAAAUGUGUAUGACAGGAGAACUUAGUUCUUUUACAUGUAGGAUGAGCUACCUUCCUUGCUAGUAAGAACAACUUACAUUGUUCUGAUACUCCUUUUAGCGAAAAAGUAAGUUUUGUUGAAAAGUCAUGCUUUUUUUGCAUGAAUUGUGUGAAACAUGUUUAGAUCCAAUGAGAACCUAUCCAAAGGGCACAAUUUUGGCUCAGUCUUAAUGAAACUUGGACAGAAAUUUUAGUGAAAUCUUUGACAAAGUUGAAACUGGGUCACUGUAUUACAAGGAAUACUUGCACAGUUAUUACACAAACAGUUAGAAAAGACAUUACUUUUGCUUAAUAGAGUGCCAUAAUGUUUCACGACUCUUGAAUGAAAUUUAAAAAAAAUAGAUAUUUUAAGUAGAUACUUGUUAUAGAUCAUAAGUUAACUGUUAGUUUGAUUUUUGUGUUACAGUAUUAUCACAUUCAGGUUUGGCUUUUCAUGUGGCCUAGCUUGUCCUGUUCCUUUAGGCAGGACUUAUUCCUGAUACAACAAAAGUUAACUCGUAAAAUGGUAAGAACGCUUCUUAUUUUUGAUCUGUUUGAGAAUAGAAAUUUGGCAUCAGAUAUUUUGAAUUAAUAAUAAUACAUCAUAUUUAGUUUGAAAUUUUAUUGGUCAGUAGCUUUGUAUUUAUCACUGUUGUAUUUCUGAAGUGGAGAUACUGCAUGCACAAUAAUAUGCUGCAAAAGACUGAGUGCAUUUGUCAGGAUGAAAGCUGGUAAUCUAUUUAUUACAUGUGCAUUUAAACUUCAAAUGAUACAGAUAAGUAUUGAAUUUGUUCCUAUGCCUGUUAAAUUGAAAAUACUCAUCUUUAUGUAGCUUUAUAAAGUGUAAACACAAUCUGUAUGAAAUUCUAAAGGUCGGUUUGAAAACCAUCGACAUUUAUGUCUUCAUUGUAGCUUACAGGAAUUUAAACAAAGAGAAUGUGAUAAUCAGUGUUUCUUGUCAGCUUGGCUAUACAUGGUCAGCAAGCAGUUAACAAUUGAGAAACAACUUUGUUCACGCCUUUAUUAAAAGUUUCUCUAAACUACAGAAUGUAUCUGAUUUACAGUUGCAUAUUAUCUAUGUUAUGAAUUUGUUAGAUAUUUAUUAUGUACACUUUUUGUGUUAAUGUACAUUUGAAAGGCAUUUAAUGAUGUUUACAUAUUUUUGUGUGCAAUCACUACUAGGAAACUUAAAUAAUGCAUUACUUCUCCUUAAGAAAAUAGUUUACAGUUCCAGGUAGAAUAGCUGUUGACCUUGCAUAAUGUUAAGUAUACACAAUGUUUACCUUACCUUAAUUUCAAGUUCAAAAUGGUGUUGAUUAUAUAAGAAGACACACCAUACAGGAGAAGUUACAACUCAUACAGCAUACUUUGGUCUGUAACAGCAUAACAUGGAGCACUUCAUGAAUUUACAUGAUUGGUGCCGUGUCAAAUUUCCCAAAAUAUCAGUUUUUCAGUUCAGUUGUCAUUAAAUUAAGCAGAUGAGCAAUUUAGAAUCAGUUUGGCUCUCUUAUUAAAGCUUGUACUGUUCUAUAUUAUGUUGAAAAAGAUACCGUAAGAAGUAGCCUGGUAGUGAUUGUAUUAUUAUUUCUCAUUAUUUUGACAAGCUUUUCUGUCUCACCUUAGUGGUGUUAUGUUUUUAACUUGAUGUAAUUAAAUCACAGACGGAAAAUAAACAGGACAUGAAAAAUA